ACAAUCAAUGAAUGGAACAGCUUGCUUUGAGAAGUUGUGGGUGCUUCAUCACUGGAGGCUUUCAAGAAGAAACCUGACUCAACUCCAUAGUUGCACCUGCUCUCGCUCACAGUUUUCCAAACAGCAAGGGAGGGGAUGGGUGAAUUCCUAAGGACGGAGGGAAGCUCCGGAAUGCAAGAGAGCCAUCUGUUGCCGGCAAGACAUUAUCCACCAAGGUCAAGUUAUGAAAUGUUUGAGCAGCGCAGACAAUCUUUUCCCAAAACAAAAGAACUGAACCCAACUGGUGAACUAUGAACUUCACCUUCAGUGUCCUACAUCAAUAAUUGAAAACGCUUCUGGUCUUCUCUUGGACUUGCACUGGGGAACACAACCUUGGGAGGAGAGGAACCAGCAAAACAGCUUGUGACAAAACAGGAAAAUGAUGCUGAAAUCAUCUUAAAAGCGUGUCCAGCUGAGCAGAGCAUGGAGUGAACAACUUGAUGGACAACCAACAAGAUAAGGAAUGUGCCUCGGAAGAACAAGAAACAAUCUUGAUUAAUGGGGUGAAAGAGGAUGAAUCGAGCAAUCUAGAUGGUGACGACAAACCCCUCCGUGCGGCAGCAGACGCUGCAGUCCCCUUUCCGGCUGUGACGUCCGCAGGGGCAGCUCAAAAAGAGACCCGAUCCCAGCCGGCCCUGACUUCCAAGAAGACCUGCUGGCUAAGCCCUCCUUCCCCCUUGAGACUGGCUGAUGUCCCCGAUCACAUUUCCGAUGACUCCUCCUCCGUCCAUGCCAUUUCCCUCACCUCUUGUGUCACGAAGGGCAUGAGCGCCUGGUCCCUCCCGGCAGACUGUGAGAAGGCCCCCUUCAGCAUGAUGGAGCCCGGGACCAUGUCCGCCUUCACCGGCGACUGUUUGAUGCAGCCAAGUCGGACCUGCCUGGGGUGUUUUAUUGAGUCGAAGGACAGCCUGGAUCCAGAACCCGGGAUCAGCCUAAAAGUGGGUGACAUAAAUAGGGAUUAUGACACCUGUUCGGUCUCCGACAUUGGGAUUCACUGCAUGAGUACAGGAGAGACCAUGCGAUAUGGAGACCAGCUCCUUUCUGACCAGCUUCUCAGCUUCCCUGUGCACAAAUCGAGAGCAGCCGACAAACGGGAGGCCGACAAAUCCGACAGUGACUCGGAGGAUCCAACUCAGAAAAAUUAUUAUGACGGAUUACUUUUGGACAAGUGCAAUGUGGAGGAACCUUUACUAACAAAUCCCAACCAGGAAUGGGGUUAUUUUGAAUCUUUCAUUAGCGAAAGCAAAAUUGAGCUCCUUGACCUUUGCUCCAAAAAUGAGCUCUCUGUAAAUCUGUUUUCCGAGGAGGAUGUGGAUAAUUACAUGUUCGAUGAUGACGAUUCGACCUUGGGAAGUGACGUCUGCUCUUUAAAGAUUCGUUACGAAUCCUUCCAGGACAGUGUGAAGGAGAAAACGGGUGGCCUGCAAGAGGACACCCAGUUUAACUUCUUCCCCAGUGUGUUUAGUGGGUGUCCAAAAAGGGAUGGUAGGACUGCUUUGAAGAGGGGACCCCGAGGGGCAACUGAUCCUUCCCAAUUCAAAUCUGAGGAGACCAUCAUUUGGGGGGAAGAGGAGGGGGAUGGACAGCAGGAGGAGGAGGAGGAGGAAGAGGAGGAGGAGGAAGAAGAGGGAGGUGAAAGUGAGAAAGUUGCCUUAAACAAAUCUUGCACCAGUACAGAACUUGUACAGUACAUCAGUCCCAAAAGAAAUCACUUCUUGGAACUGGUGAACUCCACAGAGGACUCGGGGGAGUUCAGCGAUGAUAGCACUUGCACCGAAUCCUCUUUUGACGUGCUUCAAGACCUGAAGGACUGCAACAAGUACCUUCCCCGGGACCACUCCAGUUCCUUCAUCCAACAGAAUUAUGGCCUUCGAGCAAAAAGGAAAGUGCGAUAUAGCGAAGACUACCUUUAUGAUGUGGAUUCCAUCGAGAGUGAGAAGAUUGUGGACAAGAAGGAGUGGAUCCCGGAUGGUCCCAAGGAAGAAGAUGACGACGACUGGUGUCCGAAAAAGAGGCGGAAAGUUUCUCGCAAGGAGCCCCCCGUCAUCAUCAAGUAUAUCAUCAUCAACCGGUUCAAAGGAGAGAAGCACAUGUUGGUCAAGCUUGGCAAAGUUGACCCCAGCGAGAUGACAGUGACUUUGAGCGAGGAAUUGUUGAGCAAAUAUGCCAAGUUGGCCCCCCUGAAGUCUUUUUGGCAGGAGAGGUGGCAGAUCCGGCUUAACUUUCUCAAGUCUGCCCUCUAUCACAAGCAGAGUUUCUAUCUCAAUGGCUCUGAGGUGGCCUUCCUGUCCCAUCCACGCAAGCGCAAGGGCAAGAUAGCCCACCGGCACCGGAUCCAAAGGAUUAAGGCCAUCGAGCAGCCGGUGGGCAAGGGCGGCUCUUUCUCAUCAGAAUCCAAGCAGCUCUGUUGCAGGAUCGGAGAUGAGGAAGGAGGCCCGAAGGGGAUCCAGGCCAUGGCCAUCGCAGCCCCCAGUUGUGUCAACGGCAUCCAUCUGAGCGACAUUGCUGGCCUGGCCCUCCCUCCAGGCAAAGCCCGGGAGAGGGAAUUCAAAGGGCCUGAGAAAAAAGUCUUGCGCAGGAUCAAAUUCAAAAGUGAGGCCCGGUUGAAAUGCAAGCGACUCAAAGCUACCACCGGUCUGGCUGAGGUUUCAGCAGCCUUGGAGAAUCCAGAGUCCGCCACAGGGUUAAAGGAUGAAAGCGCGCCUUGUGCUGCAGACAGCGCUCCUCUCUCAGAGAGCCAGGAGGAAAAACUGGCCAAAAAUGCCCUUUCCUUCCUACCCACCACUUGCACUUCAAACAAGCCAGCCGCAUCUGCUAAUCUGGCGGCCAGCGUGCCCCUCAUCCCUGGCGGGUACCUGCAGACGUUAUUGGAUGCCUCCGAUUUGGCCCACAGCACUGGCAUCGCGUACUUCAGUCCUGCCGCCUCGGAGCAGCAGCAGCAGCAGCAGCGGGAGAUCCUCCCCAGCCUCGUCCAAGCAGAAAAGGCCUUCUGUGCCCUGCAGCCUGCCCAGAGCUGCAUUUUGUCCCCACCGUCCGAAUCGGAGUUACAGCAAUCCCCGAGUCCCCUCGAGAUUGAGCCCGGCAACUUCCAACGUGUUUGGCCGGCUGGCAAGGCAAGCAGCCCGAGCAGUCAGGGUUUUGCUGGGCAGCUGCCGGACGCCUCCCUGCUUUCGGCUGUAGAGUUUGGUAACUGUGCAGGGUCGGAUGACCUGCCAACCUCAGGAUACAGCCAGGUCCACCUGAGCAACAGCAAAGUAUUAUACCAAAAAAAAUUCCUCCUGGAGGGCCAGCAGCUGCAGUCGGAUGACUCCUACCAGUCUUGUCCCUUCAACAACCGAGAGGGGAAUUUCCCCUUCCAGCGGGGCACACUCAGCACCGAUGACGGGAGACUUGUGAGCUUCGAUUCGGUGGGCUCCCUUUCCGCCGCCUCCAGCAAUUACAGCUCCUUGAGCUUAAAGUCUUGCGAGAAGGAUGGAGAUGACGAAAUUGCCGACGACUUCUUGGCCCACUGCAGCCCCAAGCUGGUGAUUCAGCAAAGCAUCGAUGAAAUAACGCCCUUGAAGGAGUCCACCGAUCUUCUAGAUAUUUCUAACUUCACCCCUGACAAAUUCCGCCAGUCGUCCCUUUCGGAAAUGUCUCCUCCAGAUACGCCCAACCUUUCCCCACAGAUCGCCGGGCCAGAAACUAAAACCCUGGGGAACAUGAAGUGUUUCCCGGAGAGCAACCAAGUGGUGUUAAGCAACCCCGAGAAGGUCAGCUGGAGCUGUGGCGUUCUGCAGGCUCCAGACCAGGCGGAUAAUGGAUUCACUUUAAAUAAUCAUCAGUUUCAGUUCCAUAUGUUCACCGAUGAGGAUUCUGUCAGCCUCCUCGAAAAAAGCCCAUCCUUGUCAACUUUUAAUGAGCCAUCUGCCCAAGUUAGCACCAAUAGCAAAGCGACAAAAUGCAAGAGGAGAAGUUCAUGUAAUAAAAAUUUGGGUGCCAACCAAAACCCAACCCAGAAAAACGUUCGGAAAAAAUCUCCCAAAGCCAACAAAGGCUCCGAAAAGGCCCCCAGCAGAAAUUCCAGGCAGUCUCCCAAAACUUCAAGGAAAGGGAAAAACGGAGCAGGGGUCAAUGGAGAAAAGACCCUCGCCCUGGGCGGUAGAGUAGCUGGUCUCUUGAACAGUUCAAACUCCUCGGCAAAAAUGUUGGCCAAUUCCCUACAGCAGGACAGCCCAAAUGCCCUCCGGAUAGGGAAGGCCAACGGUCUGUCCAGGGAAUGGCCACUGGGGAAGGACAGUAGCGGUGGUUGGUCCGAAACCAGCAUAGGAAGUGCCAACAGCCUUCUGGAUGAUGAUCAAAGAGAAUUUGAGGAGCCGUCCAACAUUUUGUCAAACAUUGCAUCUGGCAUGGCAGAUGUUCAGAGAUUUAUGAUGGCCUCCAUCGAGCCCUUGUGGGGGCCUGUUGGCCACAGCGAUGUCUCUGAUCUCUUCCGAUCCCCCGAAUCAAACAGCCUGAAACUGAAAACUCUUAAGAUCCUGGCUGGCACAUCUCCCGAAUCCAAGAAGAAGGUCAACGGCAGUUCUUCAGGAUCGGGACGCAAUCACAAAUCGGGGAACAAGGGCUUGAGUAAAACCGGCAGCCGAGCUGCUCCCUGCGACCCGGGACGCUCUGGUUCAUCCACCAGCUACACCACAGACAUUCAUUCACCUUUUUUUGAUAAAAGCUAUAGUAACCUGAGCACUUUAGCCAAAAAUGAACCUACCCAUAAAAAGCUCUACCGACACAAAUCCACGUCAAAGUCCCUGCGCGACGAGAACUGCAAAGUCAAGCGGGCAGAGAGAGAACAGGGCCAAAAAGACCCAACCACAGUAGUUUCCUUUGAAAAACUGAGGUAAUACCACACCAAGCUGGCUGGAAUGCACCCUAACUUCCUUGCUCCCUGCUAAGCCCAUCCUUGCUCAUAUUUUCCUACUUGGGAAACCAGAAUUGCAUGAAAGAGACAUUUCCCUUUUACAGGUCUUUUUUCCGUUGUCGUCGUCGUUCUUGGUUUCGUUCUCAACGUGCAUGAAAACACUUAUUUCUUGCAAGCUACUUCAAAAGAAUGACUUUUUUUUCCUGG